AUGGUGAAAGCGGCGUAUCGAAGGGAAGAGUAUGACUUGCAUUACACAGGGGCUGAAGAACAGGUACCCGGAUUCAUCUCCGUCGUGUUUAAAGAAAAAGUCAACAGGGCAGUGACUGACCAGCUCAAUAGCGAUGUGAUAGAAAGAAAUGCCCAGGUCCGAAUGAUGGGCAGGAUAUACCAAUCGGCGGGCCUUGUCCUUGUUUGGCUCGGUAACUGCUCAUCAAGUCUAGCCCGGGGCCUUCCUGAGCUAGAAGCAUUGGCGCGGAAGCCUCCAAGCGAACUACCGCCGUUCGAUUUAUUUCCUGAAGAUAAAACGUCUACUGCUGCCGCAUCCUCAGGUCUCUUUAAUCUCUUCAAGGACGACUGGUCUUUCAUAUCAGCGCCAGCGAUGGCUGCAUUCGAUCUAAGCAAUCGGCAUUGGUUCAAGCGCAUCUGGGUACUGCAAGAAUUCUUCUUAGCGAAAGAACUUGUCUUCCUCUACGGCAAGCAUCAAGUUAGCCUCCAGGCCCUCCUGACUGCGUUUAUAUGGGCUUAUCAAAAUCCUGGAAAGGCAGUCAAGCCGGCGAAGGAGUCCUGGGACAUUGCUAGGGCAUACAUCAUGCCGCGAUGGUUUUCCCACACCUGUGACUUCCCCAGUGUGCUGCUGGCUCGCGAAACCAUUACCCAGGGCCGCAAGCUAACCCUCCGAGAAUGGCUUCUGACCUGCAGGGGCCACAAUGCUACCGACUCUAGAGAUUUUGUAUUUGGCGGCCUGUCUUUGAUUCAUCCCGCGUCGUUAAGAAUAGAUAAGCUGCGUCUUCAGCCAGGAGAGUACGCUAAAUCUGACCUUCGCCCUCCUCCAUUGCCACCCCGUCCUGGCACCCGUGCUCACAAUAGCAAUCAACCCACCAUAGAAUGCCCAGCAGCCAUGGGAGGAGCCUCACCAUCAUUGGUGCCCCUUCCCAAGGGAUUAUGGCGUGUCAUCGAGGUUGAUUAUAAAGCCAGUGAAGCGGAGGUCUUAGUCAACCUCGCGGCAUGUCUGCUUUCCCAGAACGAACCACACGGUCUUGAUCUGCUGUCUAUUGCGGCUCGUCCGCGGGAGCCCAAAGAUCAUCUCAAUGCGCUGUUCAAAUUCAAGCCUAGUAGAACUCCUGGUCUCCCUUCUUGGGUCCCAGCCUUGGGUUCUUGGACAUCUCGUGUAAGCAGCAACCUAGCCACCGCCCCAGCAGCAGCAGGCGGCGGCGGCACGGUCUUUGCAGCCGGCACAUUAGGACAACUACCGGCAGAAAUCCCUUCGCCUACGAUCUCUCGCGAUGGAACGACAUUAUAUCUAGAUGCUAUGCCCCUCGACAGUAUUGAGGAGAUACUGCUAGAUGCGGAAUUCUCAUAUUCGGAGGAGUACAUCAGCGUCCUGAUUCCCUUUCUCGAAAAGUUGGCCGCGUUGCCCUGCACCUACCCCUCAGAUGUCGGGACGAGCUUCAACGCGGUGGCCACCGCUCUUGCUUCCUCCUCCAGUGACACUGAAGCGGGCUCCAUGGCUGAUAAGGACGCGGAUCGAUCCCCGUCCUCACUGCCACCGGAGCUGCGUGCUCGCAUCUGGCUCUGCGAAAUCAUUGAGCGUGAGGUGCGCCACUGGGUGACCUCUUUGCGGAUGGAUAUCAAAGCCUUCCCCCUGCAAAAGGGACACAGAGUCGACAAGCAGAGGCAGCUGGAAAGACUUCUAGUCGUAUACCGGGCGUUAGUGAGAAAGUUUAACGACCUUCCAUGGACUGGAGCAGCAGACCAGGGCAGACCGCGGCCUGGCAAGAGUGAUGGUGGUGAGCAGAAGAAAGGACGACGCGAGCAGAUUAUGGAGAACCUUCGGGACAAGAUAGUGGAGAAGAUACCUGGGCCAUCUGAGCACAUUUUAAGGGAUAGUAUAGAGCCCAUCUCGCCCGAGGCGCAGCGCUACGAGAACGCCUUCUAUUCUGCUAUGAACUGGCGGUGUCUGUUUAGAACGAAGGAUGGCCUCAUUGGGAUGGGGCCUAGUUGGUUGGAAUGUGGGGAUUUGGUGAUGCUGGUACGCGGUGCCAUUGUUCCCUAUGUGUUUAGACAUGUUGAUGUGGAUUUGAGGCUGCAAGUGAAAAGCCUGGGAGACACGCUGGAGGAGUUGGAAGAGCGCCUUUUCGAGUGGAAGACUGGUGCUAAGAAACAACAUCGACUCUCUGUCGUCGAUACUGAGAGGGAAAUUGCAUCUUUGAAACAGAAAAUCGGUGAGCUUCAUGCUCAAGUCGGCAGGAAAGAUGCAUGGGUGUUGAUCGGGGAGGCGUAUGUUGAGGGCGUUAUGCGAGGUGAGGCUUUGGAAAGGGCAGGUGUUGAUUCUUUUGAGAGAAUUGCUAUUGUAUGA